AUGCCCGCUGAAGUGCUACCCUCCCAAAAUACUGACGAGGGUCAUGUUGUACAAAUUCCAGGACCCGACGACGUGAAAAGUACAGCAGCGUCCACCCCAGAUCUACCGCAGGAGGCGACCACGACACACUCCCUGCCAGAGAGCUCACAGUCCCGAGGACAUGAUGCACACAACAAGACUGAAGCCUGGAUACAGACACAACAACACGAUGCAUUGUCAGAGGCGGGUCUGAAGACACCAGGCCAAGAAACACCAGGCCAAGAAACACCAGGCCAAGAAACGCCACGCCAAGAAACACCACGGCUCAUCCACCCCGAGACUGGACAUGUUAUCCCCCCUCUGGACUUGACCAAAGAUGCGGUCGACGUACCCGAAUUGUCGCCUUCCGGCACUGACCCGGCAUCCAAACCAGAACACAAACGACCAGACUCAAUGGUCAUGUCCCCACUGACCCAUCCCAACGGCGUCUCUAUUUUUCCCGAGCUUUCAACAUUCGAGCAAGAUGUGCUCUCCAGAGCUGCAUUGUUCGAAGCCGAGGAUACUAUUGUUGCCGAUAGCGAGGAAGCCAGCACUGUCGGAGACGCCAGAUCGGAUGCCGGUUACGAAAGUGAUAGUAUCACAUCUGGUAGCACAUCCAUGGAGUCGUCCAUCCGAGAUUACAUGUAUGAGAACGGCCGUCGCUAUCACCGAUUCCGAGAGGGUAGCUACAACUUCCCCAACGAUGAUGUCGAACAGGAGAGAGAGGACAUGAAACAUGCCAUGAUCAAACUCCUCGGCAACCAAAAGCUCAAUUUUGCACCUAUAGGGGAACAUCCCCAAGAGAUCCUUGAUAUCGGGACUGGUACUGGUAUCUGGGCCAUCGAGAUGGGUGAUCAGUACUCGAGCGCCAACAUCCUUGGCGUUGACCUAUCCCCAAUCCAACCUGACUGGCUGCCACCCAACGUCCGGUUCAUGGUGGACGACGUCGAAUCGCCAUGGCUCCACCCCCGAAACCACUUUGACUACAUUCACUCUCGGCACACUGUGAUGGCCAUCAAGGACUGGCCACGACUAUUGCGUCGGGGCCUGGAACAUAUCAAGCCAGGGGGCUGGUUCGAGCUCCAGGAGAUUCACCACAAGCCACAUAGCGCAACCCGCAACGGUGUGGUGCCCCCUGAGCACCCCGUUGCAAAGUAUUGGUCACUUGUGAAUGACGGUCUCGGCGCACUAGGUGUGAAUUUCCACGCCGCAGCAGGUGGUCACCUGGCGAGCAUGAUGCGAGAAGCAGGUUUCGUCAAUGUCACAGAGCGAGUGUUCCACGUACCUCUAGGAACGUGGCCCAAGAACAAGGUUCUGAAGACGGUGGGUCUCUACUGGCGGACGAUCCUGAUGGACGGGAUGCAAGCUAUUGCCCUAGGGCCCCUGACCCGGGGACUGGGGUGGAAUCGGGAACAGGUGGAAAUGCUCCUGAUUGACGUGCGGAGGGCUUACAGCAGCAACACGAUGCUGAUGUACAUGCCAUGCCAUAUUGUCUACGGCCAGAAGCCGGCAUAUGUAUGA